AUGAACGCGCUCGCGGCUCGGGCGGCGUUGUCUGCACUGUACACCGCGUCGACGUCGUCGUCGUCACUCGAGGCGGUGGGCGCCCAUGCGUGGACGACGGUGGCGUCCGCGGCCGCGGCCGUGGUCUCGAACGGCACCACCGCGGCCGCCGGGCUGGCCGACGGCGGACCGCUGCAGCCCAGGUUCACGCUGUCCCAGACGGUGUUCAUCGCGCUCGUGUCCGGCAUGCUCAGCUUCGUCACCGUGUCCGGCAACAUAAUGGUCAUGGUGUCGUUCAAGAUCGACAAGCAGCUGCAGAACAUCAGCAACUACUUCCUGUUCAGCUUGGCGAUGGCCGACUUCUUCAUCGGGCUCAUAUCCAUGCCGCUGUUCACCGUGUACACCAUACUCGGUUACUGGCCGUUCGGUCGGCACGUGUGCGACGGCUGGCUGGCGCUCGACUACCUGGCCAGCAACGCUUCCGUGCUCAACCUGCUGCUGAUCAGCUUCGACAGGUACCUGUCCGUCACCAGGCCGCUGACGUACAGGGCCAAGCGGACCAAAGGCAAAGCGUUGCUGUUCAUAUCGGCCGCGUGGAUCAUUUCGCUCGGCUUGUGGCCACCGUGGAUUUAUCUGUGGCCGAUCAUAGAAGGUCGUCGGACCGUGCCCGAAAUUCAGUGUUACAUACAGUUCAUACUGACCAAUCAGUACAUUACUUUCGGCACGGCCAUUGCCGCCUUCUACGUACCGGUAACGGUUAUGUGUUUUCUGUAUUUCCGAAUAUACAGAGAGACAAAAAAGAGACAAAAAGACUUGCCGAAUCUGCAAGCCAUGAACAAACCACACAACGAUCAUCAACACGAGGAAUCGUGGGGUCGCAUACGAUCUGAGUCGAAUCAAGUGAAUUCGUUGGAUCGACGGGAAAUGUAUGAGACCAGUUCGUUGCGCAAGGCGUACUCUCAGUGUUCAUUGAAAGCGAGGCGCCUGCUGACGUGGUCGUGGCUGCGCGAUUGGUGCGUGGACUGGUGGCACUCGGGCCGCGACGACGAGUACGACGAGGAAGACGAUCAGACGCCAAGCGACGUGCCCGGUGGCAUUAGCUACGGAACGACCGUGUCCAGGUCGACGUCGCUGAACGUCAUACACCAGCAGCAGCCCACGACGCCGACGCCGAUGAAAUCCUAUCACGUGGUCAACAAUAACAACCGACUGACCAACCGGUCCUUGUCCAACGACUCGGUGUACACGAUCGUGAUAAAGUUGCCGGGCGACAGCGACCUCCAAGACGCGCCGACGGUGAAGCAGUAUCACGGGUGUUACGAGGAGUCGCGGCGGCACGGCGCGGGCGGCCCGAUGUCGCGCCGGCCGUCGUCGCAGGACAUGCGGCUGCCGCUGAGCGCGGCAAAGAUCGUACAACCCAAGCAGCUGACCCGGGCACAGGGGGCCGCGUUCCAGGCCAAGGAGAAGAAGAAGAAGAAGUUCCAGGAGAAGAAGAGCGAGCGGAAGGCGGCCAAAACGCUGUCGGCCAUACUGCUGACGUUCAUCAUCACGUGGACGCCGUACAACAUACUAGUGCUGCUGAAACCGUUCACGGCGGCCACCGGGGGCGACGACGGCGGCGGAAACGAGGGCGACAGCAACAAGGAGUGGGUGACGCAGGGCAUGUGGGACUUUUUCUACUACCUGUGCUACAUCAACAGCACCAUCAACCCGGUGUGCUACGCCCUGUGCAACGCCACGUUCCGCAUGACCUACGUGCGGAUACUCAAGUGCAAGUGGAACACCCGCAGGCAGCCACCGCACUUCCGCGCGUGAUGAUGAUCGCCGCCAUGACCGGCCGGAAGCGGUACUGCGCCGCGGCUACCGCAUGUCCGCAUAUAUGUUUAUAUAAUAUAUUACCUACUUUUAUAUACUAUUACGUACACUCUCGUUUUCGGGUUUUUUUUUCUCGCCAAGCCGCCCCUUUUCCCCUGCCGACGCGCCACCAUGAAACGUGCCAGGGGUGAUCGUACGAUUGAGCACGUUGGUCGAGCCAUUAAUUGUAGGUACGAUUGGUUAUUGAGCACAGUUCGGAUUGAGCAUAAUAAUAUGUAAGGGAUGGCUACGGGAAAACAAAUAAUAAUAAUUUAGUGCGAUUUCGUGAUUUAACACCGUCGCCAUACUAACGUUUUCGAAAAUGACCGAUGACUUACAACACAAUAAAAUAUCGACCUAAAUAUGCAAAAUAGAUUUUUCGGAAUUUUUCAGAAACACGAAAUACAGUAUUUUAAAAGUUCAACAAUAGUUUAAAAGUGUCAAAAAAAAAUAAUGACUGUUCACUCAUUUCCAAAGUUUACCGGAGAUGGAGUUGGCCACGGUGAUAAAAAGCAGUGAAAUAGCCAUCUCAAUUUAUACGAGAAUUUUAUGUUUUCCUUGAGUAUUCGAGUCACCCACGAUUUUCGUUUCAAUAAUCUUGGCAACGUUUUUGAUACAUGGAAAAAAAAUGAUGCUUGUUCAAUCGUACAAAUAGAACACUUAAAAAAUAGCUUGAAAAUAAAAGCGUGCUUAAUCGUAUUUCGCCCAUGUUAGGUUACGUUAAAGGCGUAUACUAUAUACUAUAACGGCCAACGGGGCUGCAACCUCGAAGUACACGUGUGCUGAAAAACUGUCAGGGGACGUGUCACCACUAGUGUAUUUGCGGGGUGGUCGCAGGGCGUGUGGUAGAGGGGUGCGCGGGAGCAAGUGCGGGGCUGCGAGAUAAAAAAAAAUACGAAAACUUAUAGGGGAAAAAAACUAAAAAAAAAGUAAUAUAACGAUUUUAAGACUGUUCGCGGGAUCCACAUGGUUAUCCCGGCACAAGUGUGUAUUUUAUAAAAUAUUUAAUAUACCUACCUACGUAGGCACACGCGCGUAUAACAUUUAACGUUUAUAUAUAUUAUUAUGUUAUAUAAAAUGUUCAUAGGUGAAAUAUACCUACGUAAAAGCCAGUGGCGUAAGACGUGCGGAGACGCAUUUACGAAGCGUACAAAUCUGUCUCCGUGGCCCUUUUUAAUUCUCUUUUUAUUUUAUAGACAUUUGCCACGGUGUGAGGAACAAUCAUCUUUAUAAGUACCUACCAUAUUCCAUAAUAUUAAAACGAUUAAAAAAAAAAAAAAAAUUGUAUCACCUAAAAUAUCGUUGCAAUGCGCGAUAAUAUUAUCAUCAGAAAUACUAAUACCAGCUGUGUCAACUCCUAAAUACGCCACUGGCUAUAGGUAAUAUAAACGCGUGAGACCUAUUGUUUGUAUCGCUUUUCGUCGGCCCAUAUCCAUAUUAUAAUAAUAAUAGUAAUAGUAAUAAUAAUAUAAAUUAAUUUAGUAAUAAUGAUAAUAAUAAUUAUAAUAAUAAUAUAAUAUACGAACAAUAACGAUCGAGUGGGGCAUAGAGGUUAUUGCAGAGAAGGCGAUUCGAAAAGCUCGCCUGCGAAGUGGCGUGGCGGGAUUUCAGCUAAAAUAUACUUUGAGAACGUGUUCGAUAUCAUCAUUAUCAUUAUACAUAAAGGUCAAUAGUAAAUAAUACCAAAUAUAUGUUAGGUGUAUGUUCAAGUACUAAUAAUUUAUUAGUGUAAUUUAUUAUCAACGUACGGUCAGACAAUGGACGAGAUUAUGUUUUUUUUUUUUUUUUUUUAACAGUGAUUUGAAUAUCUUGACUACAAAAUUAAAUUUUUUCAUUUUAUGUUAAAAAUUCACUCACUUCAAUAUUCAUUUACAUUCAGACACGAUCAACGUGAUUUACCAAUGUUAACAUUAUCAUACAUAUUAUAACACUGAAUUUAGUGUCGUGUACAUUUAACGUAGCAGAAAUUUGUUAUUAAAUUACCAAAUAAAUAAUAAUCAUCAUACCUAUGAUAUUAUUAUUUCAUAGUGACAUGGCUGACAGCAGGGAAAAAAUAAAUAGUAUUACAAUUAAAUAUUUGUUUUUAUUUCAUAAGUAACUGGUUAACGUAUAAAUUUAUAACUCAUAACGUGUCUAACGCCAAUGUAAUAGUAACGAAAUGUCAAAUAGCCAAACGGCAUAAGUAUAUUGUAUAUGAUAUUAGUUUAUAAGUAUAAUAUUAGCUUUUAAACGGGACGAAGGAAGUAAAACAUGUUUCUUUCAUAAACCACGUCUAUUGAUUAUAAAUUUAAAUUAAAAAAUAUAUCUGAUAUUUUGAUUUAGACAAAAUUGCAAAAUGUUCAGAAGUUUUCGGGAAAAAUGUACAGGGAGAUAAUAACAAUCGGUAUAGGUUAACACGGCCUUAAUAUUUUCAAUGCUGAAUUUUAUAAGAACAUUUUACCUGUCAAAAAAAAUGAAUAAUGUUUGCAAACAAAACCAUUUGAUGAUUAAUUUGUGUAUAUUUUUGUGAAGCUUAUAAUUUUCUAUUCAUUGUACUGAACUCUACCUUUGAAAAGUCCUAAAUAUUUCCGGUUUUAAUGAAUGAUUCAAAAGAUUAAAAUAAUAAAUCUAACACCUUACAAACAUUUAUAGUUACUCAUAUUCACAUACUAAGCAUACUCACUCCCAUGAUUUUCUUUUAAUAAAGAAUUUAUUAAAAUUCUGUUCCUAUAGGAGUUAUACUUAAUUAUAUUUUAAGGACCAUAAUAUUUUCAAAUACUUAGAUUUUUUAUACCAUUUAAGGAAUAUCCGUUGUGGUGAAAACAUUUUAUUUAUUCCAAAUGAAAAUUACUAUUUGUCCUACAAAAUGUUCAGUAUACGACUUUUUUGAAUUUGUAGAUAUAUCCAAAUCGACAUUUGAACGAAUAUUUUUUGAGUUACUAACCUUGUGUACUAACUACCAUAGUUAGUUACUAAUAUAGUUAUUACUUACAAUUAUAGUUACUUACUGUAGUCUGUAGAUCUAUGCAAUACCUAAUAGGUCUCCAAUGAUGAUUUGAAAACUGUAGGUACUAAGCACACACAACAGGACACCCGAGAAUGAUACUUAUAACAAAUCUAAAUAGUUUAAAAUAUUGUCCUUAAGUAUUCAUUAAUUCAUUAUUUAAGAAAAAGUGGGAAUAAGUAUGCCUGGUGGAUCACCCUGUAUAUUGUAUAUAUAAUAUAUAAGUUUGAAGAUCGACAAAAGUCAAUUUUUACGAUCAAGUUUUCAGAUUUUUUAUGAAACAUAUUUUUUAGUGUAGGUAAUAGGUACCUAUGCAUAAUAUGAAUUACCAUCUGUAAAUAAACGUAUAAUAAGAUAUUCAGGUUGAAGUUUUCCAUGGUAGUGUUUUCUAUUAUCGGUUGCCGUCUAACCUCGCUACCGAUGAAUUUUAUAGUAGGAAUAACAUAAACAUUAAACACACUUGAAGGAAUGAUCUCAUGUAUAAAAAAGUGACCGUUUUGGGGGUAAAACCAAUAUGGGGUAAUUUCUUUAUGUUGUAGGCCUGUACAUAAAUAUGUUCCUAAAAGCAGGGACCAAAAAAUGGGUCGACAAGCACUUAUUAUAUUAGGUACAAGGGAUUGUCCAAGGUGACAAAGCAACUUUUUUUU